AAACAUGAUACGUGUUUUCUGUGUAGUGUUGGUUCUGUUUUGCGUCUUCGUUGUCAAGGUGAAUUGCGCUACGGAGACGAUCCUCCCAGUCAAAGGGCGAUGUUUUGCCAACGACACCCAUUGGGGGACGAUUUUGGCAUCGAGAAGCUUCCGCCAUGUUGGAGUGCCGUGUGUCGUGUUGACAACAACCAACAGACUAUCCUUCUUGCAACUCCAUGUUCUGAUGGUUUUGAUAUGGAGUAUGGCCAGAACGAUCAGAGGAGACUGCUACUAGACCAUUGUUAUCCUUCAAACAGAGGAGAACUCCCCGCUCCUCGCUGCUGUGGCGGCUAUCCAAUCUGCGCUCAUAAUGGUGAAAACAGCGACAUUUUUAAUGUCAUCAACUUCUUUACCUUCAGGAAUCAGAUAAUUUACCAGCCGUGGUUUGUGAAAUAUGAAGAUGUCAAACUAGCAGCCGAUGGCCGACCUCCAGUUAAUUAGGGCUAAAAUGUGUUAGCAGUCUGUCAUAGACAGUAUAUUUUCUGGAGGAAAUGAGUAACAAAUGCUUCGAUAUGCUGUUAUCAGGUUGCAUCGGGUGCAUUUCCUCCAUCAACCUAAUGAUUUCCAUGUACUAGAGUAUUUAUAUCUUCUGAAACUGAAGACAUAAAAAAUAUAGUAAACAAUCACCACCGAACGGCUGAGCUCAAUGCCUUGGAAUUUCUCAUUCAAUAAAAUAAAGUACACUCUUUCCAUUAGCAAUGGCUAAAACGUAUAUCAUGAACAUCUGGGGCCACUUUGACAAAGCGGCGUGCGGCAUUUUUUUUAUCGUAUAUUUGUCGUACAAUAUUUUGUACGUCACUAUUAA